CUUGCCAUUCAGUUUGAGCGUGCAGUCAGAUGAGGAUAGGUACUGGAGUCAUCACAGGAGAACACACAUCACACACCAUCCACCCAAUCAGACAGAGGAGCCUGUAAUAUAUAUGAGGCAGGAUAGAGGAAACAUGGAGGAGGAUGAACUGCAGUCCUUCAGUCAGAGUAUUCUCCUGUGGUGAAACCGAAGAAUCGUAUUAGGUCACGGAUGAGAGAAGCAGAAGUGGAAGAGUUGAGGUUUUGGAAAUGCGUAGAAAGCUCUCUGACCUGUUCCUGGUCAAUGUGCUGACAUGUGGGCUGGAGAUUUGCAUGGCAACCGGAACCAUCUACAUCCCUCCCAUGCUGCUGGAGGCUGGAGUGGAGGAGCGCUUCAUGACCAUGGUGCUGGGUGUGGGGCCAGUACUCGGGCUACUAUUCGUCCCACCUCUCGGCGCAGCGAGCGACGGCUGGAGCAGUCGUUAUGGACGCCGGCGUCCGUUCAUCUGGGCCUUGUGCGUUGGUGUGAUGCUUGGACUUGUGGUCAUCCCCCACACUGCCCAGAUCGCUGCUCUUUUCUCUAAACAGCACUACCAGUGGCUGGAGGUUGCACUGCUGGUUGCAGCCAUCUGCCUGAUGCAGUUCUGCGGGCAGGCCUGCUUCACCCCUCUAGAGGCCCUGGUGUCCGACCUCUACCCUGGAGAAGGGGAGAGCCACAGGGCCUUCUCCGUUUACUCCCUGAUGCUCAGCCUGGGCGGCUGCGUGGGCUACCUGCUGCCUGCUGUGGACUGGAGCUCCCUGGGUGCCACUGCCUACCUGGGAGGGCAGGAGGCCUUCAUUUAUACUCUCCUUAUCGUUAUUUUCCUCAUCUGCCUGAUGACCACAGCCUUCAUCACGGAGGAACAGACAGCAGGACUUGGAGGAAGUGGACUGGAAGCUUCUAGAAAGGCUCCAACCUUGUGGAACUCCUGCUCGUGGCCUCGUGGAGUGUUCUCGGCGAGUCAUUUCCUGCAGCGGACCCUGGCCAGCCUCCUGUCGGUGGUACUGAGGCUGUAUUCGCUGUGCAGGAGCAUGCCCAGGGUCAUCGGCAGGCUGUUCGUGGCUGAGCUGUGCAGCUGGAUGGCUCUCAUGACGUUUGUGCUGUUUUAUACUGACUUUGUUGGCGAGGGCUUGUACGGUGGGGUACCCAGUGCCAAGCCAGGGUCUAUGGAGAGGCUGCUCUAUGAGGAAGGUGUGCGGAUGGCCAGUCUAGGCCUGUUCCUGCAGUGUGUGGCAUCGGUGGGCUUCUCUCUGCUGAUGGAGCGGAUGGUGGCGUGUGUAGGGGCGCGGUGGCUGUACCUGAGCAGCGUGGCACUGCUAGCGUUCACUACAGCAGUGAUGACUGUGUCUCAUAACGUUGUUCUGGUCACCACGAUGGCCGCCGCAACAGGAUUCACCUUCUGCACCCUGCAGGUCCUGCCUUACACACUCACCUGCCUCUACCACUCCGACAAGCAGGUGUUCUUCUCAAGCAAUGAAGCCAAGCUCCCAUCCAGCACGGACGAGCUGGAAAAGAUGAAGUCCGCUCAUACGCAGUCCUCCACCAAACACAGAGGCACUAAUGGGUUUACCAAUGGACACUUGUUGGUAAAUGUUGGCCAGCCUUAUAGCAAACCUUCCCCAAACAAACCUGCUGUUUCAGCAUCGCUUAAUCUCCACGUAUCUCUGCCCGUGGAUCCCCCCAUCGCAUCCCCCCCUUCACCCAGGGGCAUGUGUCUGGACAUAGCCAUACUGGACAGUGCCUAUCUGCUGUCGCAGGUGGUGCCUUCUCUUUUCAUGGGUUCCAUAGUGCAGCUUUUCCACAGUGUGACCGCCUACAUGGCCUGCGCUUCUGUCCUCAGCCUGCUGGCUGUGUACUUCUCAAGCAAGGUCGUGUUUGACAGGAAGGACAUGGAGAUGCUGAAGUGAGAAGUGAUUCUACGAUUGUACUUAAAAAAAAAAAAGUAGUAAAAGGUACAGUACCAGUCAAAAUUUGGACUCACCUUAUUUAAUUUAAAAAAAAUUUCCUACAUUGUAAUUGAAUACUGAAGUCAUCCAGAUUAUAUAUAUAU